AUGGGGUCCUCAGAUGGGCAAGGGGGUGAAGAGGACAAGCCUCUAGAGACGGUGAUGGAUGUACCCUGUUUGGAGAACAACUCCAGCCCCAUCCCUGCUGGAGGCUCACUCGUGCGCCACGCCAAGGGCCUGGACCAGUGUACCUUCAGAAUUUGUAAAGAAUGUCUAAGACCAUUAAAGAAGUGCCUAAGAAAGUUAUACCUGCCCGAGGACCUUCCCCAGAAAAAGAAGCUAAAGUACAUGAAGCAGAGCCUGGUGGUCCUAGGUGACCACAUCAACACCUUUCUGAAGCACUACUGCCGAGCCUGGGAAAUAAAGCACUGGAAGAAGAUGCUCUGGCGAUUUGUCUCCCUCUUCUCUGAGUUGGAGGCAAAGCAACUUCUCAGGCUCUACAAGUAUACCAAGAAGAACCAGAACACCAAGUUCCUGGCAGCGUUCUGCCCCUUGGACACCCCAGAGAGCUCCUUGCUGGCCGACCAGGAAGACGGUCUGCCCAAGCUCUGCAGCGCCUGGGGGCUGCACGGCAACAUCAGCGGCAUGAAGGAGAGGCUGUCCAAGAUGCAGGCCCCAGGCGAGGCCUCCCUGCUGGUGGAGCCCAGUUCCGGGGUGCACUUCAGGAGAGGUUCUUUAAAGAAACUUCCUCAAAAAACAAAACUCAAGAGAAAGAGGAUUAAGGAAGCCACAGAAACCCCCGAGACCUGCCUGUAA